UCUGUUCCUACACCGUCGGCGUGACGGUGUCCGUCACCAACCCUCUUCCAAACAAAGUCCGCGAGAGCGCCCACUAGCACUCCACCACCGCCGUCCCGGUCUCGUCCCCCGUAUACAAAGCACGCCACGUUCUUCUCCUCGUCCACCGCCGCCGCCGCCGUCGUUGUUGCCGCGGCGACGGGGCUGCUGGCAAUUGGCGCGGCCGCGGGAAUGGACGCCGCUCCCGCGCCUCCGCCGCCGGAUGCCGGCCCGUCGGUGGCGGGCACCGCCGAGCGGAAGCUGAGCCCGGGGUUGGUGCUCCUCGUCGCGAUCCUCGCGAUGGUCUUCUUCAUCAUCGGCCUGCUCAACCUGCUGGUGCAGAACCUCCUGCGCCUGCGGCGGGCGCGCCGGCGCCGGCGCCGGGUCGGCGACGCGGCGGCGGGAGGCGGCGGCAGCCCCACGGCGUUCCAGGGCCAGCUGCAGCAGCUGUUCCACCUCCACGACGCGGGCGUCGACCAGGCCUUCAUCGACGCGCUGCCCGUCUUCGCCUACGGCGCCGUCGCCGGCCGCCGCGACGGCAAGGACCCGUUCGACUGCGCCGUCUGCCUCUGCGAGUUCGCCGCGGACGACAAGCUCCGGCUGCUGCCGACGUGCGGGCACGCGUUCCACGUGCCCUGCAUCGACGCCUGGCUGCUCGCGCACUCCACGUGCCCGCUCUGCCGGGGCAGCAUCCUCGCCGACGCCGAGUACUCGCCGGGGGGCAGCCCGGCGUUCCUCGCGCUUGAGCCCGAGGACCUUCACGAGGCGGUCUCCAGAGGCGGCGGCGAUCCGGGAGAUCGAGGCAGCGAGGAGGCACCGAAAGAUGCGGAGGAGAUCGUCGAGGUGAAGCUUGGCAAGCUAAGGUGCCUCGACGGCAAUGUCAGUGCCAGGGACCUCGCCGUCGAUGGCACAGGGAGCAGCAGUGCCACUGGCAGGGGAAGUCUCGGACAGAGGAGGUGCCUGUCCAUGGGAUCCUACGAGUACGUCAUGGACGAGCACGCCGCGCUCCGCGUCGCCAUCAAGGCGACGCCCAAGAGGGGCCCCGCGAGCUCAAGGUCGCGCCGGCGCCACGCGCUGUCGGCGUCCGACUUCGGGGGCUCCAACAAGGGCGCCUGGGAGACGGCGGUGACGGAGGUCGCCGCCGGGCGCUGCGGCGGCGGCGGCACUGCGAGCCUGAACAGGGAUAGCUUCUCCACGUCCAAGAUCUGGAUGGUGCCAGCCGCAAAGAGAGAGGAAGACGGCCGCCGGACAGCUGAAUCGGCCGGGGAGAGGCGCGCGGCGUCGUUCCGGUGGCCGGCCAUGGCUGCCGGCUUGAAGAAGCACCGCGGGGGCGGUGGCGGGGCCGAGGCGAGCUGUGACGUGGAGGCGGCAGGAGGCCGCGGCGACAAUGGCGCGCCGGAUCCCGCGGAGAACCGGCCGUCGUUGGCGAGGGCGGCAAUGCUCUGGGUUACCGGCGGGAGGCAGGGAAGCCAGUCGUGAUCUGCAUUUGGUUGGCACGUUGGUUGAACACACACACACACACACACACAAGAUUGUCUUUUUCUCGUUUGAUUUCUUUUCUUCUUUUGUUUUGUUUCUUAGAUUUAUUAUAGUGAUUGCAAAGCAAGAAAGAAACUGUAAAGAGAAAAAUGUGUUGCAGGAAUUGCAUUCGUUUGAUUUUGCCAGCUACAAACUGAUGGGUUUUCUUUAGAAGUUCAGCAGAGUUAUUUGUGUUUUGCUUUACAAGGUCUUCGGUGAUUUGCUUUAGAAGUUCAGCG